AUGGCCGCAUCAUGCAAGGCCCAAAGAAACAAGCCUGUAAAGGAGCAGAGCUACAGCUCCUCCUCCACCAUGUACGACCGACCGGAGAGCAUGCCAAGUCUUGGAAAGCUCCUCCAUGAGGCAGAGCAAGAGUUGGUCACGAGGGAGCACGUUUAUCUCAAAGUGCCGCUGCAGCUUUAUCUCAAAUACAUGACACGCCACAGUCCUAACCUUUUGACUCCCGCGGCCUCUCUGUCCUCCAGCGACCGCCGCAACCAUGGUUCAACAAGGCACAGCACCGAGUCGAAGAGUACCGAGUCGAAAAGCACCGAGUCGAAGAGUACCGAGACGGAGGUGGAUUCCAUUUAUGUAAUGUAUGCCGAAGAGCAGCCAGCAGCAAAUACCAGCAAUAAAAUCGAGCCGACACCAUCAGUGACAAGAAAAAGCGCUGGUUCAGGAAAGACGGAGCCAGAAGUGGAUUCCAUGUACUCACAAUAUCCCGCCAGCUUCUUGAAAAAUGGACGCAGAGACGUACUUCACCCGCGGCCCUCGGCUACCACCAAAUGCCUCAAGAACUCGUACAACGAUACCGUUUCAGAGUACACAGAUCAGGACCUCGACUCCAUAUACUCUACGUACUCCCAAGAUCUUGGUUCGACGCAGGCAAGCGAGACCAGCGACGGCUUGAGACCGGCACCCCUGGCCAUCAGAAAGAAGCCGGGAUUUAAAAGUCUUCCCAUCCAUAUCAAAAAGAGAAUAUGGAUGGAAGCCAUGCCCAGCAAGCUCUUGCUGGCGCCCAAGUACUGGCUCAGGGGCUUUGCGACUCGACUCAAACCUCCAGCUAUUGCCAACUUCAACGCAGAGGUCAAGGAGGCAAUAGAAGAGAUGGGAGGCUUCUAUCGUUUGGCCCGCCCACGCCCUAAAAUCGACGGAAGAAAUCCACCGGGAUUUCCUCUACUUUCCCUGUCGGCCGAAAAGGUCAUUGGCGUACACACCGUGACCAAGCACGUCGUCAUGGAGAGUUUCGAGCAUCUCAAGCCAUUGCAGUUGCACCAUCGCCUGCAGCGCCUGAGCGAUCGAGAAAUCUUUCCCGAUCUGCAAACCAUCCGCAUCGCGUCGGGAGUCAUCUGCGCCGAUGGGGACUGGACCGCGGAAAUGGUCGACAGCUUCUUUGGUCCCGAGUACCUCGUACUCGUCGACCUGCGGGACACAGACGCCAUCAACCGUAUCGCCCAUAAGCUGCUCGACUUUGUUCACGAGAACGGAGGUCCCACCGUCAAGUGGUAUCGCAAGUUCACCACCCUGACGCGUCUCUUCCAAUACGCGGCCCACUGGGAGGACCUCGAAUUCGUCUUUGGCGAGGCUUGGUUGAACGCCACUUGGAAGCUACCCUAUACCAAAAUCAUGUGGCCCAAGCAGGGCUGGCGGGAAGAGGUGGUACCCUCGACCUUGCUCGAACACCCACAGACAAAGCAUCGCUUCAAGUAUGCUGUCAUUGAUGAUAGCGAGGAUUUCAGAAGUCUCGACUCUCAAGGUCAAUGGGACCGAACCUCGCCAUACGCUCGUGAGAUUCUAAAGAAUAUGCCCGCCGUGUCGCCCGUCUUCGUCUUUGUGCGACCGGAGAACCUAGAGUCUCUCUCGCGCAGCACGACAUCAAAGAGAAAUUCGGACCGUAGUUGA